CUCGAAGGCUGCGCUUCUUUCGACCUGGCAAUCUCUCUGAAGUUCAUGACCAGCACUUUUCCUCUCUUGAUUUUUUGAUCUUCUCUUAAGUUCGGGAAGGGAGAAAUCAAGCACAAUGGGUAUUAAACAGCUAUACCAGGUCAUUUCAGAAAAUGCCCCCGAUGCGAUCAAAUCGGGGGACAUUAAGAACCACUUCGGCCGGAAGGUCGCUAUUGACGCGUGCGUUGUCUCCGAGCUUUGAACCCCCCCGCAAACACUAACAAAUCAAACCAGUUCCAUGAGCAUCUACAGUUUCCUCAUCGCCGUCCGAUCGGAAGGCCAGCAGCUCAUGAGCGACACGGGCGAGACGACGUCACAUCUGAUGGGCAUGUUCUACCGCACCCUCCGCAUGGUGGACAACGGCAUCAAGCCUCUAUACGUGUUCGACGGCGCCCCGCCGAAGCUGAAAUCCGGCGAACUGGCCAAGCGUACGGCGCGGAAAAGCGAGGCCACGGAAGCGCACGAAGAGGCCAAGGAGACGGGAACGGCGGAGGAUGUCGAGAAGUUUUCGCGACGGACCGUGCGUGUCACGAGAGAGCAUAAUGCGGAGUGCAAGAAGCUUAUCAAGCUAAUGGGCAUUCCCUACAUUGAUGCCCCGACGGAGGCAGAGGCGCAGUGCGCCGUGCUCGCGCGGGCGGGGAAGGUCUAUGCGGCUGCGUCGGAGGAUAUGGAUACACUUUGCUUCGAGGCGCCUAUUCUGCUGCGGCAUCUUACGUUCAGUGAGCAGCGGAAGGAGCCUAUUCAGGAGAUCCAUCUGAACCGUGCGCUAGAAGGCCUCGGCAUGGAUCGUAACCAGUUUAUCGAUCUAUGUAUCCUACUAGGAUGCGAUUACCUCGAACCCAUUCCCAAGGUGGGACCUAACACGGCGUUGAAGUUGAUUCGGGAGCACGGCAGCCUGGAGAAGGUGGUCGAGGCGAUCGAGAGCGACCCCAAGAAGAAAUACGUCAUUCCCGAAGACUGGCCGUACCAGGACGCCCGAGAACUGUUCCUCAACCCGGAUGUCCGGGACGCCAGUGCCCCCGAGUGCGACUUCAAGUGGGAUGCGCCCGACGUCGAGGGACUCAUUGACUUCCUGGUCAAAGACAAGGGGUUCAACGAGGAUCGAGUGCGAAACGGGGCUGCUCGGCUGCAGAAGAACCUAAAGUCGGCCCAGCAAUCCCGGUUGGAGGGCUUCUUCAAGCCAAUGGCCCGGACAGAUGCGGAGAAGGCGAACCUUAAGCGCAAACACGACGAGAAACUACAGGAGCAGAAGAAGCGCAAGAAGGACGAGGCGAAAGCCAAGAAGGAGGCCAAGUCGAGACCUCGCGGUGCCGGGUAGACCGACAGACGAUGACAAGGGAUCAAGAUAAUUACGGAGACAAAACAGAAUAAUAUUUACGGGCCGAAUGAUAACAAUUCAAAAUCAACCCAAAAGGAAACCGGAAGAAUCAAGGCGUUAUGUGGAGAUCGGAAUCAAUUGACAACACUUACGGAGCACUUUCAAACAAGGCGUGGCGAUUCCCCAUUGGAACGACAACCGUCCAACUUCCACCUAGUACCUAGUAAUUUGCUGUACAAGUAGGAUUAAUCCGUAUGAAUCAUAGGUAGUAAAUAAUCACCAGGCGAAACACUGUGGGGAAGAAAGACAAUGUUUGGGUAUUAUUUUGGGGCAUUCAUUCUGCAUGAUCUGCCGAGGAAAUCAAUCGGGGCCGGGCAGACAGGGUUUCGCCAGCAAGAGAGGUGUUGGGCACAAAACCCAUUGGCUGUGAUCCUGAGGCACUCGGGGCUCUAGGCGCGCCAAAUCAUCCUUGAUUGGGUUUGUCUCUUGGGUGUCUAUUUCUGGUUGUAGUAUUUAUUGUGCUGGCCUUGUUGGGAUUUGAGUGUGGCGUGCAUUGAAUGUCUGGGUGUACUGUGUGAUGAGUGGACGGGGAUGGGAGGGUCUUCCUUGGAGGGGGCACAAUGUCUGAGAUAAUUGUGUGUCCUUGUUUUAUCUUCAUUGUUUUUACUGUUGCUGUGGUUUGUGAUAUUUAAUUGUUUGCACAGUAUAGAAUAAGCUACGCGCAGUUCUACGCUGAUGAUCGAAGUCGCGGGAGGGCUGGAACUAUAUAUAUCCUCGGAAGCCGAAUACUACAGAUGGAGAUACGACUCCCACCAAACCACACAGACCAGUAUGAGAGCAUUGCGCUUCAAUGAUACAAGAAACAAGAUAAACAGAUCUCCAAAGCCCCUACCUCCAAUCUAGACCCAAUAACCCCUGACCUGGUGGACAGAUCAGCUAUUCAAAGUGUGCGCCAGAUCACUCAUCUCGGGAAGCGAGAAGGGCCGUGCUUCAGGUGAAUUAUGAUCCUGGGUCCGACAGGGCUUGAAUCGGGUUUCAUUGUAGUUGUGUAUUAUGUAUCAACCGAUC